AUGCGCCAAUUCGAGAAUGUUUCGAUAUCGCAAUGGGCGAACCCGUAUGCGAGCGGCAGCACCAACACCGGGAAGAACUUCUAUGCUACGGCGACUACACCGAAGCCCCAACAACCCGUCUAUCGUCGAGUAGUCCCACCUACACCAGUAUUCUCAUAUACGCAAGUAGUUGAUGAGAAGAGCAGCAAUGCCGAACAAGCAGAUCCAGAGAAUGUUCCGGCUGCUCCAGCUGCUCCGGAGGAAACUCCAGCAGCAGAGGUCACACCUGAAGAAGCCGCACCACCGGCUACAUCAGAAGCACCUCCGGCAGAAGAGCCAUCAGCAGAAGCAGAAGCAUCUGCGGCAAUAACCCCAGCAGAACCAACACCAGAAGAUCCAUCAACCCAGCCAGCAGAGGCACCAUCAAGUAGUGUUGACGACGUUGUGGCAGCUGAAGUUGUGACCGAGGAUGUCAAAGACGAGCCUCCAGGACCGAGCGAUGCCGCGAAUGUUGACGUACUGCCGCCUCCACCACCACCCCCAGCACCGGUAGAGGCACCACCUGCAGAACCCGAAGCAGCAGCACCUCCAGCACCGUCAGCACCAGAAGUUCUGCCAGUACCUCCCAGUGAGCCUGCACCCCCUAUACCGCCUGCCCCACCAGCGCCACCGGCGGAUGCAACACCGGAGCCAGUAGUCGUAGAGAGUGAGAAAAGUGGUGAGUCCGAGCAGGCCGCUCAAGAGCCUCCGAAAUCCCCAACCGAGAAGUUUGUCCAUUUUGCCUCUGACACCAAAGACCCAGACGCCGCAAGCAUAGGCAAAAAGAAGAAACAGUGGGGGAAUGGUAAAGGCAAGCCCACCGCGUUCAUCCGCCCCAGAAAGCCAUCGACAUCCGUUCCACCUCCUUCGCCACCGAAAGAGGAGAAGAAGAAGGUCUUCGUUCCGAUCGGCAUUAUCAAGAAGGAGCGAAGGGGUUCAUUGCUCUCGGCAUUGGCCAGUGAGAAGGUGAUGACUAGCAAAUCAAGAGGGAAGAAAUCUAGCAGUGAUGGCAGCGGUGACGACAGGUCGACAGUAAUCACCGAUGGAGAUGCCCCCUCUUCAGACGUCUCUGAAAGCGUCAUCAUCGAGGAACCUACCGAAGACGCUUCAGGGUCGAUCGUAAGCGAGACAGUACCGCCCCCGCCGCCACCGACCGAUAAUCCGCCUGCGGUAGAAGAGGCCGCUGUCAACGGGGAUGUGGUGGAGGAACAAGACGAGGCAGUCGCGGACAGUCCCCCGAUCGAGGAGCUAGCUCCCGCCGCUCCCGAGCCAGCAGCUGAAGCCGAGCCAUCACCGGCAGAUGCGUCUGCGGAAUCCGCUGAGCCACCGCAAUCCGACAAUCCUGCUCCUGUCGAAGAAGCUCCAGCUACUGAUGCCACAGCAGAGGAGCCUGCCCCACCCGAUCCAGUCACUGAAGACACUUCUCCACCUCCAGUCGAGCCGACCGCAGAAACAGCUCCAGAAGCCCCUGCCCCAGAAGCGCCCGCAGACGCUCCAGCCGAUGAACCACAGCCAUCGAGCGAAGCGGUACCAGAACAGGAACAAGCUACAACAGAGAGUGCGGAUGCGGUCGAGCCUGAGGCGUCACCACCAGAGGAUGCGAAGCCCGCUGAGGCAGAAGCCUCCGUCGAGGAAACGUCAGCUCCUGUUGAAGAGCCUGUUGCGGAGCAGGAGGAAGCAGCCCCGCCGGCAGCUGAACAGGAACCUGCAGUUGAGGAAGCUGAUCGCUCAGAAGAGCCACCGGCAGCUGUGGAGGAUUCUCCUGCUGUUGAAGAGCCAGUUCCCACUGCUGAAGAGACUCCUGCUGUCGAAGAGGCACCUGUUGUCGAAGAGGCACCCAUCGUCGAAGAGGCACCCGUCGCCGAAGAGGCACCUGUUGUCGAAGAGCCUCCGGCCGAAGAGGUAACUCCUGCCGAAGAGGCAGCUCCUGCUGAAGAGGCAACUGCUGUUGAAGAGGCAACUGCUGUUGAAGAAGCGCCUCCUGUCGGAGAGGCACCUCCUGUUGAGGAACAACCGGCCGUUGUGGGUGCAGAGACACCCACUGCUGAAGAAACCCCAGCUGCUGAAGAGUCACCCGCUGCUGAGGAGAUAUCCGCUACUGAUGAUGCUCCAGCCGUGGAAGACGCAGUUGAUGACGAACUCGCACCCCCUGCUGAAGAGACAGCUGCGCCUGAGGAAGCACCUUCCACCGAAGAGACAGCUAGCGCCUCCCAAGAAGCUCCCGAAGUUGACGCCACGCCCGAGGCGCCCGCCACCGAGGAUACAGCGCCAUCUGAAGACGUCCCAGCCGCCAAAGACACGCUUGUUGGUGAAGAUGCAUCGACUCUCGGGGAUUCUUCUCCUGUCGAAGAAGCAUCAGAGACAGAGGAUAAACCUGUUACCGAGGAGCCCGCCCAAGUUGAGGCUGCACCCGUUGUCGACGAAACGCCCUCUACCGAGGAACCGGCUAUCGUCGAAGACGUCUCUACUGCCGAGGAGCCAGCUCCGCUGGUAGAACCGCCAGUUGAUGAACAAACACCCAUGAUCGAGGAAACCUCAGCUGUCGAGCCUGUUCCUACUGAAGUUGCUGAGGAUGCCGCUGAACCAAAGUCAGAAACAAGCGUUGCUCAAGAAGAACCAUCACCGGAUGAGAAGCAAGACAUCGAAACGUCAAGUCCCGAAGUCGAGGAAGCUCGAGCAUGGACUUCAGCGUCGCCGGCAGACGUCGCUGUCGUGGCUUCAAUACUUGCAGCUGAGGCAAAGGCCAAUGCACCUGAAUCCUCACCUGAUCAAGAUCCUGCUCCGGAAUCUUCUGAUGCUGCGGAAAUUCCGGAGUCUGCGCCAGUUCUAUCUAGCGACACACCGUCAACUGAGAGCGAAGACAAGCCUGAAGUUGCAGAUGCCGAAGCGCCUGCAAGUACUGAGCCGGUCAUGGAUGUAGCUGAGCCAAACGAGGCUAGCGCUGAUACCACCGGUGAGCUCCAACCUGACUCCACAGCGGAAGCCUCAGAAGCAACGGACGCACCCGAACCUGCUCCCGCAGACGAAGCUAUCGUACCAGCCUCCGGCGAAGGCGACAGUGAGCCGACCGCUGCACAAGACGAGACCAAUUCCUCCACCGAGGAGCCAGAAGCUGCGUCGACACCAGAAGAGACAGACACGCAAACGACGGAAGCCACGCCUGAUGUAACACCAGAGGAGCCUACUACAUCGGCACAAGACACUGCUGAUAUGGCACCCAUCGAAGUUGCUACAAUGGAGGUUGAGGCGAGCGACGAAGAACUGCCAACCGCCGACACCAUGCAGGAUAUCUCCGAUUGGGAGCAAGACGAGGACGAUGUUUCUGACAUGGGCAUCUCGGACUGGGAGAAGGACGACGAUGCCUCAUCACAACCCGGUGAGAGCGAGACCAAUCCUUCUGAGCAUCAAGACUUCGAUCAAGAGAGCGUCGCACACGACUCAUCAGAGCCUGUACAUGAGGAUGAGAAGUCACCAGACCAGGACAAGCCCGAGACUGUACAGGUCAUUCAGCCGUCUGACACUGCAACCUUUGCUCCGGUUGCCGAUGACGUCGAUGAAUUUGCCGUCGUCUCAGCCGAUGUCAACGAGGAUGAACCUACCAAGGACGAUAUGUCCGCGGCCGUACCAGCGGUCGUCGAACAGAACGAAACCUCAACCUCUGAAAUAUCGCCAGAACCAUCCGAGCCACAAGAGACUGGCGACUCAGCCGAUGCUUCCGCGGAGGAUCAGACGCCUGAGACACGUAUUGAUGAAGGCACUGAAGAGGCACAGCUUGCAGCUGGCGAUGCACCUGCAGCUCAAGAACCCGCCCCAGAGGUGAGCGCGCCAGCAGCUCCAGAGGAGAGUGCCAUCACCGAUGCGAGCACAGACGCACAAGACGAUGCGAGUGCACACGAAUCGCCAGUCGACGAGUCGGAGCCAGCGGUGAGUAGCGAGGCUGCCAAGGACAGCGAGCAAGUCAUAGUCUCGGCUACACCCGAUGACGUGGAGAAUCCAGAUUCAUGCACAGCUGAGACCGAAGCACCUUUACCCAAACUCGACGACAAUACCGACGAAACAUGCGCAAGCAUCCCAGCUGACGCGACAAGCGAAGUCAGCCCAGACCCUGUCUCGAGAGAGGCUGACGUUGAGACGCCAAUUGAAAACCCCACGGUCGAAGAAAAGCAGACCGAACACGCCGCGGGCGAUCCAGUUGUUCUUCAAGAUAUUUCCGAACAAACCGACCAUGAUGUUGUAGCUGCCAACGUUGCGCUAGCUGAAGCCGAGCCCGACUCUGCACCAGACAUGCCGGCCAAAAAGGUGCCGGAAGUGGUCCAUGAGGACGUUGGGCCCGAUGAGGAGCCACAGCAUUCGGAGGUUUCCAGCGGAGCCAACACGGGACCGGAGCCGGAUGAUGAACCAGUAGAAGAGCAGGGAUCCGAUGCGGGGAGCGACUCUGGGUCCGAGUCCGAAGAUGAUGACUGGUCUGGAUCUGAGGUGUCUGCCGCACCUUCUGCCUCUGAAGUUCCCCAGGCCGACGACGCGCCUGACUCAGCAACCGCUGAAGAUGAAACAACGAAUGCCGAAGAGGCACCGCCGAGUGAUGUCGCUGAUGUCACUGCUGCUGAGCCUGAAGAGCCGGAGGAAGAUCAGUCAAUCCUUAACAACGAUGCCGGUUCCGAUGACGAUGCUGCUUCCGGGCUCUCCUCAAAUUCUCAAGAAGAGCCAGAGAGCUCCAUGGUAGUGGACGAUGCUGCCGAGCCCGACGAGCCAGAAGCCUCCGAGAGUCCGGAGUCGCCUGCCGAAUCGGCCGCCGUCACAGAGGCGCAUCCAGGUCUAUCACUCGAAGUCAAUGUCGCAACCUCUGAGAUCGUCCCGGCUGCAGAGUCUCCAGCAUCAGAGGUCGAAGAUCCGUCUGAUGCUGCGCUCGAAGCAGUCGAGGAGGAGCAAGGGGAUGACGAGAAUGAUGUCAGUGCUAUCACUCAAGAAGAUUCUGCGAACGACGAUUCACUAGUUUCGUCACAAGAUUCUGCUGAGCCUGAAGAGGAGCCCACAGCAGCCACCGAGGUGUCUGAGCCGGCGGAUGCACCCCAACCAGAAGAGGAAGUUGCCCAGGAAGACGAGGGCGACGAUGCUUCUCAAGUCAGCGAAUCUGGCAGCGAGAGCGAGGCUGGAGAGUCCGUUGCACCGCUGGAAGACCCUGCUGAGGCUGAUGACGACGCUGCACCGACUACAGUGGAUGGGGAGGAGCUAGACACCGCCGCACCGCUUACCGAAGAUCCAUCCACCGACGGAGUCGAGAACCCGGCAUCUGAAGUGGGAGAUGCAUCUGUGGCUGAGCAAGAGACGGAAGAGCCUGCUGAACCAGAAUCGCCUGAGUCAGUCGCAGCAGAACCAGAGCCGGAAGCAGAAGCGGAAGCUGUUGAGCAAGACGAGGAUGCAGCUGCAGAUGAACCAGAGGAGCCGCCGGCAGAGGAGGCUGCGGACCCCGAAGAACCGUUGGCGACGCCAGAUGGAGCAGCCGAUGAAGGCCCCGAUGCGGCCCAGGAAGAAGAAUCUGCUGUGGCUGAUGCCGACCCUUCAUUCGUUGAAGAGGCGGAAGAGGUCGAGCCUGCACCACCUGCUGAAGAGUCACCAGAGCCACCUAGUGAGGAUGGCCAAUCAAACGACGGACCUGGAGCUACGGGGGAGGCAGAUGAGCCAUCAGUGGUUGAAGCCAGCGAAGCGAACGACGACGGUGCUGAAGAUGCUCCACCUGCGUCAGAGGCAGCCCCAGAAGAGGAUGCACCGCCUGAAGAGGCUGCCGCGGAGGUAGAAGAAGCGCCUGCUGAGACCGCCGAGUCAGUGGUAGAGGGCGGUGAUGUCGAAGAAGCUGCGGCAGACGAAGCCCCGGGGGAAGCAACGAAUGAAGAAGAGCCGGCAUCGUCGCCUGAUGUCGAGCUCGAGGAAGAACAGGUACAAGCACCAUCGGAAGCCCCUGAGGAGGAACAGCCAGAACCUGAAUCACCAGCUGCUGUCGAAGAGCCCGAGCCCGAGCCGCCGACUGAACGCGUUCCUGAGGAACCGGAAGCACCAGCUGAGGUGACCCCAGAACCAACGCAGGAGCCCGAGGAACCCGCUCCAGUAGCGGCGGAUACAGCCGCUGAAGAGACCCUGGAAGACCAGGAUGUGGAGGAGUCGGUACCAGCCCCAGAAGUGGAGGUUGAAGAGGCCGUAGCCGAGGUGGUCAAUGAAGAGAGUCCCGAACCCCAGCAGGCCGACGACGAUGCACCGGCAGACCGGUCCCUCGACGUUGAUGAAGUUCCAAGCGCACCUUCACCUCUACCAUCUGUGGCUGCUGUUGCUGCUGCUGGGAUUACUGGUGCCGCCGCUGCUGCAUUAGUCGGCCAUACCGUUGAUGACCGCGCGGACAGGGAGCGCGACUUUGCAGUUGAGGACGAGCCGUCAGCCGAUACACCCAGUCGUGAGAAGACCCGCCGCCGACAUUCGCACACCCGUCGUGAAAGCCAGCACCGGCCAAGCCGCAGACGCGAAAGUGGCGCUAGUAUCAUGGAGCGACCAAUAAUGCCAGCCUCUGCCGUUCCUGAUGCGCCAAGAACAAGGCGCCGCGACAGCAUGACAGAGCGCGAAGCGGCCGAGCGCAGAAGGGCCAAAUUGCGCGAGGUUGAGAUAGCCAGUAGUGGAAGCGACAUACAGAAGGCGUACCCGGAUCCGUACCGCUCGCACUACCGAGAACCCAGGGGUGAAGAGAGAUACAGCAAGCGUCGCCCCGUCGAGGAGGUUGACGAAGAAGCCGAUAAACAGAAGCGACGCGAAGCCCGGCGGGCCGAGAGAGCUGAGAAGGAGCGACUUGCUGCCGCAGACGCUGCUCGCUUAAAGGCAGAAGAGGAGGCGAGAAAGCUGGAGCAUCGGGAACGACGCCGAGCAGUGAGACGUGCCGAAGAAGAGCUAAUGAGGGCCAUGGAGGAACGCAAGAAGCUCAAAGAAGAGCAAAAGCUCGCCCAGGAAGAAGAGGAGCGACGCAUUCGACACGAGAAGAGGAGACAAAGACAUGAGGCUGAAAAAGAGGCGAAGCGCCUGGAACAGGAGGCGAUUGAGCAGGCGGCGCGCGAAGAAGAAGAGGCUCGGAAAUUACGGCGUCAGAGGAGGGCGGAGCGGGAAGCAGCCAAAGCAGCUGGCUUGCUGAAACCAAAGGAAGAGCUUGUUGAUCUUUCUCGCGAUGCUGCUCGCCGAGCAGCAGAGGAAGACGACGAUGGCGCUUCACCUCCACCCCCGCUGCCACCAGUAGUCGACGACACCCCUCCUCGUAGUGCGCCGCGCAGGCGUCUGAGUACUCGAGAGACUCCACCGAACGUGAAGCGUGGUAGUCUCUUCGGUGGCAUCUUUGGCCGCUCAAAGCCCGAAGCGACGCCACCGUCUGCGAAACCGUCGAGAUCGUCUCGUGCCCGCGCCAACACGCUAGAAGCUACACCUGUCAAGUCUUCGCGAAGAGAACCGGAGAUUGAACGACCUUCGAGCCGAGACAUGUCAUCAGAUCAGAGCCGAGAGCGCCCAGAUCGUAUGCACCGCAGUCGGCGUGUUUCACAUAGUCAACGUCGCUUCGCUUCUGCUGAGGAAGAGGCCGAUUACUACAGGUGGAAAGAGGAGCGACGCUUCAUGCGUCGUCCUGAACACGAAAUCUCUGGUGGACGGGACGGAGGAGUUUCUCUUCCACCACCGCCUCCGCCGCCUGAGGAUCUCCCGCCGCCGCCACCAGAGCCUUUCGAAUACGAGCCAGAACCGAAACCCAUCGAGACGAUCGAAUCACCGGUAAUCGAGGACGCAGCUGCGGUUGUCGGUGAGAUCUCCAUCUCAGACGAGGAGAGACGCGAGCGUCGUCGAAGCAGGCGUAUGUCCAAACCGGAAGAACGCCCCAAGACACGCCGUAUCUCCGUUGUUGAGAAAGAACGGCCAUCUGGUGGUCGUCGAGUAGAGUCGGAUCGACCCCGCGCUCGAGACCAUGGUGAAGACCGUCCCAGGCCCAGGCGUGGCGAGACCGACCGACGCGACAGGAGGAAGAAGAAGGAAGAGUCCAGUGGUCUCAAAGGACUCUUCGGAGGGUUGAAGAGGCGAAUCACUUGA